UUCCCCAUAACAUUCUCCACCUCUAGCUCGCCUCGUUCGCCAGAAAAAACGCUUGUCGCAGAAUCCGCAUUUCUUUGUUUUAAAUUUUAUACAUACAGGAGGAAUCCAAUCAACUAAACUGACUUAAACAGGAGCUAAACAAUUCAACAGCCGACCAGCGCCGCACAAGAAACCAGAGGACACCCACAUCAUGGCUGUUAACGUUUACUCUACAAACGUGACGUCGGAGAAUCUUUCGCGCCACGACAUGCUGGCCUGGGUCAACGAUUGCCUCCAGUCGCAGUUCUCCAAAAUCGAGGAACUGUGCACGGGCGCCGCAUACUGUCAGUUUAUGGACAUGCUGUUCCCCAAUUCAGUGCCCGUGAAGCGUGUCAAAUUCCGUACGAAUCUGGAGCACGAGUACAUACAGAACUUUAAGAUUCUUCAGGCGGGCUUCAAAAAGAUGUCUGUGGAUAAGAUCAUACCAGUUGACAAACUGAUUAAGGGCCGUUUCCAAGACAACUUCGAGUUCCUCCAGUGGUUCAAAAAGUUCUUCGACGCAAACUAUGACGGCCGAGAGUACGAUCCCGUGGCGCAGCGGGGCGGACUUAAGCUGGGCAACGGCAAUGGGCAUGGCAGCAACGGCGGCAGCGGCGUGGGCAGCAGCAGCAACGAUCUCCACAUAGCACACCGCCGGCCUCUGCAGGCACCCACCACCAGUAGCCGCAUGGCACCUCGCGUCACCACGAACACGGCAGUCUCCAAGGUGGUGCCUCGCACGAACAAUGUGGCGCCCCCGAGCAGAAUGGCGGCCGGGAACAGCACGGGCACGGUGAAGAAGAACGACGCCGGCAACUCGGUCAGCAACCAACAGAUCGAAGAAAUGUCUAACCAGGUAAUGGACAUGCGCAUUAAUCUGGAGGGACUAGAAAAGGAGCGCGAUUUCUACUUCUCGAAGUUACGCGACAUAGAAAUACUUUGCCAAGAAGCUGAUGAUGGCGAAGCACAUCCUCUCAUUCAGAAGAUACUAGACAUCCUGUAUGCAACCGAGGAUGGAUUUGCACCGCCCGACGAUGCACCACCAGAGGAUGAAGAGUAUUAAUUAAAACAGUAAAAACAAAACAGCCCACGAAAUUAAUUUGCUACAUACAUAUUCAAAACAUAAGUCACGAGCAAGAGAUGGGAGUAAACAAGUUAUAGUUAGUUAGUCUGGAACGAAGAUGUACAGUAUAUGAGACGAUGUGCAACCGCGUAUAGAGUAUGAUUCCCGAAUAUCUAGAAAAGAGCUUUAGCGCCAGUCGAUCAGAUAUAUGACGAACUAUAUUUUGAUUCGAAGAGGCCGCUGCACGAUCGCUCCUAUACGGGUACCACUUUAAUAUCAUACAGAACUUUGGAUUCAAAAUUUCACCAUCGCUGCUGAUGUCGAGCGAAAAGCGAACGGGCAUCAAUAUUUCAUAAUUAAAUUGUUUGUAUUUUAGCGGAAUAAAAUAAUUUGUACACACCUUAUGGAAUGCUGAGUCCGUUGCUCGAGCCGAAGGCAUUCUUACAAAUCCUCUGACAAAUUGUUCAAAAGGCCUAUAAUUAAAAAUAAAGUUUCAUUUUCUUUUUUCUGUAUUAUACGCUAUACACAGUUAAAACCAAUUAAUUAGUAAUCGUCACUUAGGAUGCUGGCUUUAAUCGUUUUGAGUGUAUGUAGCGGAUCAAAUGCCCCGAAUUUUUGUAAUGUGAAAAUAUUUAGCAAUGAGAUGACAUUCGACUAACGUAUAUUUUUACUUUCGAUUCUUGAAAAAUUGGCUGCAUAACAAAAUUAUACACACAUAUGAUAAGUGACUUUGCUCUCAACUCGAUUAAGUUCUGUAUUUAUAUGUAAAAUCAGGUAGAACACGUUAAAAGUUUAAAUAAAAACGAACAUCUCUUUUAUUUAUAAA